CCUCUCGAUCCGUUGACCACUCUCCUUGUUUUCAGCCACCGGCCAACCGCAUCCAUCCUUCCAUCCCCUCACCAAACAGAGCAAGCCCCGCAGACCACACGAGCUCGAGGCCUCGAUCUGGGUCCUCCUCCUCACGUCGCAGCCCUGAGGAGAUGGUAGUUUGAGCUCCUCCUCUCGCGCACGUUACCUCCAAUAGUAGCACUAAAACCGGAACAUGCCGAUGUCGGCACCUCACGAGACUACCCCAUAGUCCAGGAGUUCCUGCUUGAGCGGGAUCUCUUGCACCCAAGACCCCAUGCGCCUUUGCCUCGCCUCGACUCUGCCUGCCGCCGAUGACUUCGGAGGAGCACCGCCAGGUUGUCGCACUGCAGCUCAACACCAUGGCCAUCCUGAAGGAGCUCCGUGUCGCCAUUGUCGUGGUCGACCUCGAGUCCUCGACAAGCCCCGCCGUCGGGAAUGGGGCACACACCUUGGAUCCGUUGGGUCUCAACUUCCCUUGCCUCUCCGUCGCUCGGGUUUGCUUACCUCCAGGCUCCAGCCAUCUUUAGUGCCCAUCAAAGCCUCCACGCAGCUGCGGCCCAUCUUUGCUUUGCCACUGCAUCGAGCAGAGCUGCUGCUUGCUCGUGCCACUGAAGAACCAGCCAGCCUAGCUUCCCCAGGCCAGACCAGGCACAAGAGUUCUGAACCGCUUCGGAGCGUGAGGAUUCAUUCAACUACGUCAGUUUGUCUACUUCACGGAUUCGUUCUUCUUCCAUGCUGGAUCCAGGCAAUAUGAUCAUUUCCCUAUAUACCAGUACUAUC